AUGGCAAUGUUCAAGAAAAUCUGUGGAAAGACCGCAAUGUCGAACGUCGUGAUUGCUACGACAACGUGGGGAGAACUAGAUGCAGCUCCAGAUCGGAGGAGGCGGGAAGUACUGAGGGAGCAGGAGCUUCAGACCAAUAGCGUAUUCUUCAAGGCGGCAUUCGAUGAAGGAGCUCAGUCUCUCCGCCUCAGUGGCGACCGGUCCUCUGCUAUGGAAGCCAUAAAUUUCUUGAUCAACAAGGAUCCUGUGGUUCUCGAGAUGCAGAGAGAGCUUGUCGAGGGCCGCAAGACACUACGACAAACCGCAGUUGGGAAGAAGCUGUAUAGCAUAUUGAAGGAGACGUUGGAAUGGUUUUCCCAGAAGUUGAAGCAGGACCAGGAUCAGCUCAGGAAAGCUCAGAAAACCCCAGGCAAUCUCACUUCUCAGGACCGGAGCAACCUGGAGGAAAGUAUUGGAGAGGCCGGCGGCGGACACUAA